UAUGAAUUGUAUUUUGUUCUGCCCUCAUGUUAUUUACUUCUUCACCUGAUACUUCAAUGAUAAAGGUGGAAGAAAAUAAUUGUCUAUAAGAUUGGUUUAUUGGCAUUGCAUUACUACCGGCUGACUUAAACCUUCUCUUGUGUUGGUUUUGCAAACUACUCUGUUACAACAUGCAAUGGCUAAUUGAGACAUUGAUUUAAGGGUGAUGCCAACAUAAAAUCAAAUCAAAGCAAAAGAAACUGCAUAUUGAUUUGAAAUGUUAUCUGCAUAAUACAAUUCUUGAUAUAGAAAUGCUUAGACCAUUGUUGAUUGCAAUUUCCCCCUUCCUCCCUCUCCCUCUUUUCAUAGCUCUUCCAUAAAAGGUGUAAUUUAGCCAACCAACUAGGAAUACCAACCAAGAGGUAUAUACAAAGAAGAAAGAUGACCACUUCUCUUAAAUUGAUGGGAACUGGAAAAUGGAACUAAUAAAGUUAAAGAUAAAGAGGACUUUGCAGACAUAUUGUGCAUUUUCCGAGCAGCUAGCUCCUUAUUGGAAGCUGAGGAGAGAACUUGACAUGGUAGAGGUCUGUCUGAUUAUUGAGAAUUGGAUACAAGUCCACACCCAGGGUCCCAUCUUCGGAAUUAUCAUGAAUUAUGCUUCACUGGCCAUGGAGUUCAUAGUUUCCUACGCACAACUGUGGCAACAAUCAAAAGCUUGGAUUGGGCUUAACUGGUUGAUGGGGUUCAUGGUUUUCUAUUCACGGCUCUGGGCUAAUCAGAAGCUUCUACCACUGCUUUUUUAAGGCUGUUCUGGUUACUUGUGGUGCCAAAUUGGUAAUAAACUCCAUCUAGCUAAUGGAACUUUUUGGCUUAGUUGACAGAUGAAUUGCAUAUUGUUCUGCCCCCAUGUCAUUGUUACUUUAAUUACAAAGAUGGAAGAAAGUAAGGGUUUAAAUGAUCGGUUUAUUUAGCAUUACUGACUGUCAGCUGACUGUUGGGACAUUGA